AUAUUUAUCAAGUUUAAUGCACUAAACUCAAUGGGUUCCAGUAGUUCCGAGGACGAUUCAAGCAAGCGGAAGCGACUCAAGAAACAAAAGAAGAAGGAAAAGAAAUCUAAAAAACACAAAAAAGAGAAGAAAAAUAAACACAAAAAAUCGAGUAAAAAAUAUCGCCGGCGCAGUUCCGAUGAAGGUUCUAGCAGUUCUGCUUCUUACUCGGAUUCACAGCGGGACGAAUGGGUUGAGAAGAUUCUGCCCGAGACACCAGCGCCGACGGGUACCAAGGUUGAGCGAGAUGAUUGGAUGAAUUUUAUGACAAUAGCCACCUACAGCAAAGAACCGAAGCCAGAAGAGAAACAGGCCACGGUCGCGCAGUAUGAUCCGAAAACCAGUGUAAGAGAGUUGAACCCGCAUUGGAAGAACGGAGGUAGUGGCUUACCUUGUUUCCGUAGGCCAGUAGAAGAAGACGAGGAAGAAUCCCAGAAAGGCCAUACUGAACGCAAUCCAGUUCCAAGAAGUUCUGGACCCAGUAGGGGAUGGCGCAAAACGGUUCCUAGUAGCAAAGACGAUCGAGGGGAAAAACCAGAACAACCAGUACAGACUGAGACAAAAUCAUGUAUAUCGGAGGAAAAAGGAUCAAUGCUCACCGAUCAACAGCUUAAUGACCUAGGGGCAAAAAUCAUAAAAGCUGAAAUUAUGGGCAACACCGCUUUGGCAGCAAGCUUAAAAGACCAAAUGGAAAAAGCAAAAUCAGAUCGAGCGCGAGAUAAAGAGUCCAAACAGCAGGAUGUUCAAAAUACUAUUAAACGGAAAGAAGACUCCGAAGAUAUUCAAUUUACAGUCACUAAAUCGUCUGCAGAACAGGCUCGCCAUCAAAAGAAACAAAAGCGCUAUCAACAGCAUUUGCCACCAGGCAGUUUAGCGGACAAGUUCCGAUCGGAACGGUACGAAAAUGAUAACAUGGAUGCUGAAUUCCUCAAAGUUUCUUCAAAACUUGACCGGGAAGCCAGCAAUUUAGAAAACAUUUUUGAUCACAGCCGUGCAACAUCCUCAACAUCGGGACAGUCCAACGAGGAAAAAGUUGUGCGUGAAAUGAACAAAUUCACGAGAGCCCAGGCAGAUUGUGACCGCUGCAUCAAUUCGUCUAAAUUUUUACAGGACACUAUUGUCUCAAUGGGCACAAAUGUAUUCUUGGCGGUGCCCAGUUGGAAGGCUCUCCAGACGAGGCAUUGUCUUAUUGUGCCGAUUUCCCAUUAUCCAGCACUGACGCACAUGGACGAAGAUGUCUUUCAGGACCUUACGGACACUUGUAAGGCAGUCAAACGUAUGUUUGCUGCACACAAACAGGAGGUGAUAUUUUUUGAAACCGUACGCUACAUCAACAGGAACCCGCACACCUACGUGCAGUGCGUUCCGGCCGACAAUUACGAGAUGGCUCCAUUCUACUUUAAGAAAGCGAUUCUCGAAUCGGAAACCGAAUGGGCGAUGAACAAGAAACUACAUCCUCUACGGGGACUGGAAAUUCGAAAAACCGUACCCAAAGGCUUGCCAUACUUUUGGGUGAACUUUAACUUGGAAAAUGGAUUCGCCCACGUGAUCGAAGACCAGGAAGAUUUUCCCGUUACGUUUGCUUCGGAAACAAUCGCUGGUAUUUUGGGUUUGGAAACUCGAGAUUGGAGAAAACCAGGAAGAGAGCACAACCCAAGGCAAAGAGUACAAGAGUUUCAACGAUGGUGGAAAGAAUUCGAUAAUUUGACUAAAAAUGCCUCAAGCUAAGAACUUACAUAACGUUUGAAGAUUUUGAUUUAAAAUAUUUUUAUUUAAUGAAAUAAAAUCCACCGACAUUCAAAAGGUAUUUCUGAAAAACAGUAAUUUCAAUUUCCACAAUGUUUGGAUUCGAUCCAUGUUCGGUGUUCUCGUACAGUUCUUAAAACUCCACUUAUGCAAUUUCCCAUGUAAGUAUGUCUAUUUGGAUGGGAAGAGUUUUGUAUUCAAAUAUUUUGUUCGGGAGAAACAUGAAUAAACUAGU